AUGGAUAAUCAAAGAGAAGAAUUGAUCCUCAGUUGGUCUAUUACAGUCACGACUCGCAAUAGUUCAUGGUCAUUAAGACUGAACUUGGAGAAUCUCUGCGUUAAAAAAUCUUUAAGAUUCUGUUUAACAAUAAAAUUGGAAUCUACAACUUCAGCCCUUUGUGAUAGAUUGAGAGUGAUGAGAUUUGUUCUGCCACUUGUCUCAACCAAACCUUGA